GCUACAGGAAAUUAAUAAAGAGGAGUAUACUACUUAUAGUAAGUGAUCUAGUAAUUGAAAAUUAUUUAAAAUGGCGUUCGCCGUCGCAUCAAGGAGCUUCUGUAUGCCGGCAAUGGCCGUAAACGCCGUGCGCAGCCGUACUCCGAUGGCCAUCGGAGUUGGACGCGUGGCAGUUGCUAAUUCGCGCGUUCCUUUCGUUUGCUUAGCCAGUUCUUCUGGUAUAAAGGAGGAAAUUAGUACUGAUAAGGCACCAGCUGCAGUGGGGCCAUAUUCUCAAGGAAUUAAGGCUAAUAAUUUCAUUUAUGUAUCUGGUUCUCUAGGUCUUAUUCCUGAGACUGGACAGCUCAUAUCAGACAGUGUGGAGGAUCAAACAGAACAGGCUCUCAAGAAUAUUGGGGAGAUACUUAAAGCUGGUGGUGUUAGCUAUUCUGCAGCUGUUAAAACAACAAUCAUGUUGGCUGAUCUAGGGGACUUCCAGAAAGUCAAUGCAAUUUAUGCUAAAUAUUUUCCAGAUCCUGCACCAGCGCGUUCGACUUUUCAAGCAGCAGGAUUACCCCUGAAUGCAAAAAUUGAAAUUGACUGCAUAGCAGUAUGUUAAACAGAUUAAAAGUCUACUUUCAUGGCUUAUAUGAUUUUAGAUUAAAUAAAAAGGAGGUUUAAGUCUUUAAUUCAGAGUAUUUUGAUCCUCUGCUUUAGAUUCUAUCUCCAUUGCUGCAAACUGCAAAGUGUAGCAGCAAUAAAUCAUGUAAUAAAAAGGGUUAUUUAAGUCCUUAUAAUAAGAGUUCAUCGAGUGUAUAAUCAUGUUCAAAUUACGUGCAUUGUUAUUAUUA